AUGGUGGAGCUGGGCGUGGAGUGGCAGGAGACUGGCUACUUUGUGAAGAGCGGGAAUCAACUUGUACAGGCCCAGUUGUUAUCGCAGCGUUGGGUGGUGCAGAACAAGCUACAGAUGGUUCUGUUAACUGCAAUCAUUGCAGCUACCUUAGUCCUCAAUAACUAUAACUUGGCGGAAGAUCAAAAGACUUUGGUAGUAGUUCUGACGUACAUGCGCAGUGGAUCAUCUUUCACCGGUGACAUCAUCCAGAUGAACCCGGAAGUAUUCUAUGUUUUUGAGCCUUUGUUACAUCAUGCAAGACGAACCAAUCAGAGCUCACUUGAUGCACUCAAGUAUUCCAAAACGUGUGAAUCGACGCUGGAGAAUUUCCUUGUCUGCAACAUGACUGAGAGUGACACUUACACUCAACAGCGGAGUCAGAUGCGUCUUAGCUUGGAUACAAUGAAUUACUACUUCUGCACAUUGGAACAAGGCCCAAACUCUGAGGGAUGCUUCCAUCUGUUGGAAAAGGCGUGCCUCAGGUCACGUGUGUCAUGUGUUAAGACGAUCAGAUAUAGCAUGAAAAAUAUGACGCAUCUCAUGGAGAAACAUGGCAAUAUGAAAAUCAUACAUUUGAUACGUGAUCCAAGGGCAACUCUUCUUUCUCAGCACAAACUUCAAGAAUUCAAGAUUGAUAGCUUGGGUAAAUUUGCAGCAUUGUUGUGUAACAGAGCAAAGAUGGAUUUUGAUGAUUCACUGUUCAUGAAGAAACAGUUUCCCGGCCGGAUUGCCACGAUUCGGUAUGAGGACUUAGCAGAGAUGCCUCUGAAUAUCGCUGAACAGAUGUACAACUUCAUAGGUCUUGACUUCACUGAUGAGAAUAGAGAUCACAUCCAACAUGUCACAACCAGAAACGGCGGAUGUGGUGCCUAUUGCAGAAGGAGAAACUCGACGGUAACGAUGUCCCUCUGGCGAACUCGUUUGACAUACAUGCAAGUGUCGCUCAUCGACAAAAUAUGUCAGCCAUUGUACCGGGUAAUGGGGUACCUACCUGUACAGAACCAAGAACACCUUCUUGAUAUGUCUCUUCCGAUGUAUGCGGACGUACCGACAGAAAGCAGGGUUAUGGAUUAUCAGUCAAUAAAUUCUUAG